CAAAAAGGCGUUUUCCUUCCUAUUAUAAAUUAUUUAUUAACAGUUUCUGGGGUUUUAUAAGGUUGUCGGUAAACAAGCCGGUAAAUAAACCAGUCUCUGUCGGCAUGAAUCUCGGGGACGGCCUGCUGUUUGAACUUGAAAAUGGAAAACCCAAGUUGAUUGUACUCAGUCAUGCAGGUGUUGAGAAGAAUCCAGUAAAGCAGCUGGCCUUCAGGCCCAGAGCGGCUAAGAUCCUGAGCCCCAGGCAGCCGUCCUGUGUGGAGGAGGUGCAAGUGGAGCGUCCAGCCAGGCAGCAGGCAGGGAAGCGCAGACACGCUCGGGUCAAGGCAGGAGGUGCAGCAACCUCCUUUACCUCCAGCAUCACUGCUGAUGGGGGAAUAAGCACCUCACUGGCAGUAUCCAAAACACGGGAGCAUCACACAGCAGGGGGCGGUGCUAAAGCUGAACCCAAGGUGAAGUCAGACAGACACCAGCAGAGCUCCACUGUUGGAUCCCUGAAAGCCGGUGGGAAAAAAGGACAGCUUCAGACUCAAGGUGGUGGAAAGGAACGACUAAAGGACACGCUGGCCAAUGGGGACGCAGGACUGAGGGACAGCAUGGUGUGUCUGACCAGUGAGCAGCUGCAGCGCAUCCUCAACACUGUCCAGACCUCCAGCAAUGGCCAAAACCCACCAGCGGACCACAGGAAACAGGGGACUGAUAGAAAUGAAGCAGACUCAAAAUCUGGCUCUUUGGUUAAUGAUCGAGGAGGAGGAGAGAUUAAGGAGGAAGACGGAGGAGGAGGAGGAGGAGGAGAAGAAAUUAAGAAGGGAGGAGGAGUAACUGAUAGAGCUGGAACCUCACAGGAUAAAGACAACAGGUCGUCUGGGUGUGUGUUCAGCUGGCUGGAGGAGCGACAGUCAGUGAGCAGAACUGCUAUGGACGCCAAGAAGGCUCAGUGGAGGAGAGAACUCAGUGAGCAAGUGGCUCUGAAGCAGCAGCAGCAGCGUUCAGCUCCUGGCAGACUGCAGGCUGAGGAUGACGCAGAAAGUGUGUUAUCAGUUAGAAGCUCAUCGAGCCACAGGGAGCAGCCUGCAGCCAUCAGAUCCAGCCUCAGACUCGGGGAGUUCACUCCAAUGGAGGAGGUACUGAGUGUGGAGAGGAAAGAGGAGCAGAGGAGACGCUGGCUGGAGGAGCUGGACCGACAGAGAGACGAGAUGACUGAACGCAAGAGACGAGAGAAAGUGCUGCAGAACCAGACGGAGGACCACGAGCUCUGGGCCACGCACUUCGACUCCCUGCACAGGAGACCUCCUCCCGUCCAGACUGCAGCUCCUUCAGUUCCUCCUGCAGCUCCUUCAGUUCCUCCUGCAGCUCCUUCAGCUCCUCCUGCAGCUCCUCACUGUGAGUCUGAGCGGAGGGAGUGGGAGCCCUCCUCCAGCCUGUCGCUGGUCUGGGAGGCUACGAGCAGCUGUGGAGCAGAGAGCGUCGGAGGAGCCAGCGUGGACACGACUAGCGGACACCCGACCAAAACCAGCUAUCUGAGAACCAUGACUGCCCUGCUCGACCCCGUGCAGAUCGAGGAGAGAGAGAAGAGGAGGCUCAAACAGCUGGAGCAGCAGCGAGCGAUCGAGGCCCAGGUGGAGGAGCGGCGGCGGCAGAGGGAACAAGAGGAGGCGAAGAGGAGGGAGGAAGAGGAGGAGGAGGAGAGGAGAGUGGCCCUGGAGAGGGAGAUGCUGCAGAGACAAUACGAGAUGGACACACUGAGGGAGAAGCAGAAGGAAGAGCCAAGCCAUGAGGGAGAGGAGCCAAACGAAGGUCAGGAUUAUGGAAAUCUGCAGGAGACGCAGGAGCCCAGAGCAGUUUCCAGACAGACUGAGUGUGUUGAGGUGAAGGUCAGCAGCCCAGUCUUCCCAUUAAAAGACACUGCUGUACAGACAGAAGAAGCUGCUCCUUUUCAGACUUCUGAAGUCUCUGCACAGAACCAGCCGCCUCCUUCUCUGUCUGCUGCUCCUCCAAACAACAGGAACCGAGCUGGAAGGACAGGAAAGGAGAACAUCUGUCGGCCAGCAGCAGCAGGAGGUGGAGGAAGAGGAAGAGGAGGAGGAGGAGGAGGAGGAGAUCCAUAUGAGGAGUUUGCCAGAACAGAAAGAAACAGGAGAGAGAAGAGGAGGCCUGAGUGGAACACACAGAGGCCCAGCCGUCGCUUCGUCCCGGCCUCGGAGCGUUACCCGGCCGCUCUGCAGAGGAACAGACAGGAGAAUCGACUGAAGAGGCAGGCCGAGCUCCUCGCCCUGCAGGAGAAGACCCGUCUGCCCCGAACCGACCCUCCUGCUCCGAACCAGGAGCCUCGUCUCUGCUCCAACCCUUCACAGACCAGAACCAGUUCGGCCAGGAGGGUGGAGAGUGUUUCCAGAAGACAGGGAGUCUCUGCAGCCGUGUACACUGAAAGGGGGCGCUCUCCUCCCGUCCCUGCUGUUAGACACACUGUGCAGAGCCAGCAGGCCUCCACCUCUCCUCCUCCGCUAGAGUUCAUUCCUUACGUCCGGACCGAUGAAGUCUUCAACCUGAACCCGCUGGACCCGGCAGACACACCCCCUCCUCACAUCCCCACAGAAGCUCCUCAGAGGUCAGCGUCUCCUCCUCCUCCAUCACAUCGAGACCCCCUCCUCCACCCGGAGCUGCUCCGAAACUCACACACACACCGACAGCAGGAGAUCCUCAGAGGCCUGGCCCAACUACGGCAGGGUUUACUACAGAAGCAGAGAGAGCUGGAGACGGAUCUGAACCCUCGACUGAAGCGCCAUGACAACAAGCUCCGGUCGCCCUCGACAACGCACCAUAUGUGACCUCCUGCGACUGAAAUUUCACACCUGGCUGCUCCGUGUGUGUGUGUGUGUGUGUGUGUGUGUGUGUGUGUGUGUGUGUGUGUGGAUAAUGAUUUGUGAGUGUGUGUCCGUGCUCCUCUGAGGAUCUCACGAGGUCACUGGAAACUGUUCGAUGUGCCACGACAUGGACAAGUUAACCGGGAGCGUUCUCGACUCACCUGAAGAUCAAAAAGCAGACCGCAGCAUCACCGAAUAUUGUUACGUUACAGAUCCUAACCAACCACAUCUUUACAUUAAUACACUAAAUCACAGCUCAGUGAGAAUUUAGAAAUGUUUCCACCUUUAACACCUGACGUUCACCGGGUUGGGAUGUGUGUCGUCAUGGCUGCUGCUUUUAAUUUGAAAACCAAACUACUGUUCAAAUGCAGAUAAAAAGGUUAAUUAAAGUCACUGACAGUCUGAUGUAUUGAUGUCAGUAAAUCAGACUGCUGCUGUUGACCUGUUAAACAUGACACAAAACCAACUGAGGAGUAAUGUGAGGAUGGAUAUUUAAGAAAAGUAAAAUGCUGGUUUUAAAGUGAAGUAAGAAAAAAGUCUGCACACUGCAGCUCCCAAUGCAGGUAGAUUUAAUAGGAUACGACAAAUGAUGUUUCAAGCUCAGUGCUCUUCUUCAGACUUAAGGGUGGAGGUCGGACUUUACUUGGAUCAGUUUUUGUUUCUUUUGCCUCUACAGACGACGUUCAGCUGCAGAUCGUUUCUAUCAGAUCACAACAGCUGCAUCCAGCGGACACUAAAGAUUAUAUUUACUACAGUUCAGGCAUCUCCAAACUACUCCAUAAAGGGCUGUAAUCUGUCGGCAGGUUGUUGUUCCAAACAAUCAGCUGUCUGAAAACUGCAGUCUCCAGGGUGCAAGACAAAUGCUCUUUUAUAGCAUAGGAAACCUAAUUCAGUCAAUUUGGUUCCUAUAUUAAAACAGGAACAAGGUUGGUUUGGACCAGACUUGCGGUUAGAAGUUUCAGGUCACCAAAUUGAACACUUAUCCUUCAAAAAAGAGGAAGGACCCCUACCAUCUGGACAGUGUUCUUGAAAGGCCAAGGGGUUACAGAAAGGGCAGAGAGGCUAGUGAAAGGCCAACAGCUGACAAUCAACAAGAAAUAGAAGUAUGAGCUCAUCUUUUUAUUUUCUCUCAUUUUUUCCAUUACUGAGUUGAUUAAAUGAGCGGAGCUUUGUGUGCUUCUGCUCGGUUGGAGUGAAAACCUGCAUCCACAUUAUGGACCUUUAUUGAGUAAUUUGGACAUUUCCUGCUAUAGUUAAUCAUCAUCCUGCAGUUAAUGAGGAUGAAAUAUGAUCGGCAGUAAUAGUAUAAAUGUCGUCAUAGCAACAAUGAUUACAUUUGAUUUGCUUUCAGUCUUAAACAUCUUUACACUACUCUUUACUCAUUGUAAAAUCUGGAAUUUAAUCAGAUUGUUUUGAUUUUCAUCAUUGAGCUUCAGUUUGACACCUGACUGAGAUUUUAAAUGUUUCACUACAAACAUUGACUUUAAUUCAUCUGCUCCUUCAGUCCUACCUCACGUCAUUUAAACCACCCCCCCCCCCCCCUCUGAAGACGCUCGCUGGUUUCUUUUCUGUUUUUCUUCCACCAGGUGUGAUUAAAGAAACACGAUUUGUUCUGUUCAGACUGAAUUUAUACGAGUGAGAAACUUUUAAUGAGCAGAUUGUAUUUUAACAUUGUUUUUAAUGCACUUUUCAAAUCAUCCUUCCUGCAGAGAAGUACGAUUAAAUCAAGAAUUUUAAAUGUUGUUAUUUUCCGUUUCUUUAGCUUCCUGCUGGCAGAGGAGUUACAUGUUUUGAGUUUGGGUUUAUUUCUGUGUUGUGUAUUUUUUUCUGGUUUAAUUGUAUUAGUGUAUUUUUAUUUAUUGCAGAUGUAAUAAAUAAUGUUAAGUGCAUUGA